CCCAUAUGAUUUUCUUGCUAUCCUCCUCACCUCCUGUCAAUAUUAUCUUUUCGCCGCAAUCUUAAUCAAAUUAAAUUGAAUCAGAAUAGAAUACUUUUUUCAUAAAUAUACAGCUGACUAUAAAUGAAUUGAUUAAGCGCUCAUUUCAAGUCAAAGUAAGGUUUUAAAUUUUCAAAAGAAGAUUACUACUUGUAGAAUUAAAUAAUAUAAAAUAAGGGAAGAUGUCUCCUGGGCUUCACACAGAAAUUGAUGGACAGGUUUUCCGGCCGGUUGAAUUUCUUCGUGUUCAUUCCAUCGAUGACAACAAGUCUGACAUUCAAACUGAGAUUUGGCACAGCGCUUUUCAGCCAGAUUUGGAAAACCCAGGAAAGCUUACAUUCUUGCUAGCAACCUGUGGAGGAAAUAGCGUUUGCAUCACAGAUGUUAAAACGUCUACAGUAAAAUAUAAAUUCAAAGCAGAAAUCGGAGAAAAACUAUUUUCCCUGGCCUGGGGAACCAACCUCUCACAUUCAGUAAAUUCCAUUUUGGCAGUUGGAGGCACAGGGAAACAAAUUUACUUCAUCUCACCAAAUGAUUCAUCAGUGGAAGCUGCAGAAUUAUCAGGCUUUACAAACUUGAGGGGCAAACAGCGCGCGGUUGUCUCUUUAAUAUUUCAUCCCAGCCAACUCGAUGUUCUUUUCUGUGGAUUUAUUACAACAAAAACAAGUCAGAUUUUGGUUACGCAGUUUGACCCUUCGAAAUUAUCAAAUCUGAAGGUUCUGCACAAGCUAAGCUGCCCUGAUUCGCUCAUUCAGGCUGAUUUCCACGUGACUAGCAGCACACUUUUCUGUGCUCACGACAGAGGACUGCAUGCUUGGGACUUGGACUGCAACCUGAGCAAAAUUGAUGAUGAUAGGUCUGAAGGUUAUUCAGUAACCUUGCCCCAACCCAUGGACAAAACGAUUGGCAUGUUGCACAACAGCACAGAAACUAUGGUUGACUCCGUUCUAUCUCUUAGGGGAACCUCAAUGGUCGCUUAUAAAAUAGUGACGUUUGGAUGUAUUGUCAUUUUUGACGUUAGUGAUGCUGAAAUGAAGAACAAGAAACUAGAGCCCAAAUCAUUCCUCAUGCUAGAGCACGACGACUCCAACGACGCCUACUUGUACCUUGGUUGGGAACCAGAGAAGAAAAUUCUCGCGUGCGGCGAUGGUUCCGGAGGAGUUUGGGUGUACAAUCUCGCCAACCUCAACCUAAAUUCAGACAUAACAUUUUCCACUCCACCAUCUACCAUUCUGAAGUGGCCAAAGCUGAAAGAUGAGUAUGUCGAGAUUGAUCGAAAGGUGACAGUAGGGUGCAGGAAUCGCAAACAGCUGAGCAAUUUUGUUACUCAUGUUAGUAUGAACCAAGACUAUCUCGUCUCAGUGACAAGGACCAACUUCAUUUGUGUUUGGAAAGGGAAUUAAAUCAUUCCUGAUCAGAUUUCCUAAAAUAAAUUAUAUUUUUCUAGGCAAACCGA